UAUUGAAAUAAAAAAAUGAAGUCGGUAUCAGUAUUCAGGACAAAAUUUUAGAUCCUCUCCUCGCCUUCGUUUCAAUUCAUGUGUUUUUUGUUUUACCUAUAGAUCUCCGCCAGAUACUGGUUAGUUAAGUGGAAUUGGGGGUUUGGAGUAUGAAGAUUCAGUGCAGCGUGUGUGAGGUGGCGGAGGCGAAUGUUCUGUGCUGUGCCGACGAGGCGGCGUUGUGCUGGGCGUGUGAUCAGAAGAUUCACGCUGCAAAUAAGCUGGCCACCAUGCACCAGCGGGUUCCUCUCUCUAGCUCGUCUUCGCAGAUGCCCAAGUGUGAUAUCUGUCAGGAAACAGUUGGAUAUUUCUUUUGCAUUGAGGAUCGAGCUUUACUUUGUCGGAAAUGUGAUUUUUCCAUACACUCGGUGAAUUCAUUGGUAUCAGCUCAUCAGAGGUAUUUACUCACUGGAGUAAAAGUAGGUCUUAAUCCUACGGAACCUGGUUCAUCAUCAUCCCCAGGGAAAUCACACACUAAUGAGAAAGUCACAGAACCGGAACCUAACUCUCUUGCUAAGCGAAGUACCCAAUUGUCAUCAAAUGGUCAACAUAAUAAAUGUUUACCAGCCCAAGUCAGGGAAGGUGGGAAUUUUGCAUCAUCGAGGCUGAGUUUUGAGGGAGGCACUACACCUGGAAGUAUGUCCAUGUGGCAGAUAGAUGAUUUUCUUGGUCUUAGUGAUCUCAAUCAGAGUUAUAAUUUUAUAAUUGGUGGCUCAUCCAAGGCUGAUAGUGGAAAGCUGGGAGAUUCAGAUUGCUCCCCCUUUCUACGAACUGCUGAUGAAGAUCUGGAGGGCGAUAUGUGUCUAAGUCAGGUACCAGAUACGUUUCAGGCAGUACGACAGAUUCCUUCUCUGCCUACAGCAUCGGGGCUUUAUUGGCCAAAGAAUAAACAGAAGCGUUCUGAUUCUGCAGUCUCUGUGCCAGACAUAGUCUCCUCGCCCUUGCAGAACUUUCAUCGUUAAAAGUGGAAAAGACAAUUUUAAUUUGUUAUCUGAUCUUUGUUACUUUAAAUAGCUGCAUACAUUAAUAACCCUGAUGCUUUUAGUCUAAAAAGUGUGUGGCCUUUCUAGAGCUAAAUUGUUAUAGAAGUUAUUUUCUGCAAGUAGAUAUAUAGUUGGUCUAAAAAGUGUGUGAUCUUUGUCGCAACUUUGAUUCUCUUAGUGCUACGUUAAGAUAUGAUCCCGACUGCAG